GUAUCGCCCUUUCAACUUUGACACCACAGUGACAUUGAAAAUAUACGGCAUGUGCACGAUCUCACCGAUGUUAAUGUAAUAGAUAAAACACGAAACUACUGGAAGCGUCCUGGAAUAAGUCAUGGCGAAGUACAUCGCCCAGAUCAUCGUCGUGGGCGCGCAGGUGGUGGGACGCGCGUUCACCCGGGCGUUGCGGCAAGAGUUUGCAGCCAGCCAGGCCGCCGCGGAUGCCAGAGGGCGGGGGGGCCAGCAGUCAGCGGCCGCCUCCAGCAUCUCGGGGAUGAGCCUGCAGGAGGCACAGCAAAUCCUCAAUAUUUCAAAGCUCUCUCCUGAGGAGAUCCAGAAGAAUUACGAACAUCUGUUUAAAGUCAACGAUAAGGCUGUUGGUGGCUCAUUUUACCUGCAGUCUAAGGUGGUGCGCGCCAAAGAGCGGCUGGACGAGGAGCUCGCCAUUCAGAAGCAGGAGAAGCCCCCACAGACACAGCAGCAAGCAGAAACCUGACCCAAGCUGCACCUCCCCACCCCCCACUGUAAAUUAAAGUCCAAUAAAAUCCUUCGCAUCCUC